AUGAAAGUCUUGGCUAAGUCCCUCUUGAACCGGGCCCAUAUAUCAAGUAGAAUAGCUAGGGCACCAAGGAGCAGCUUUUACUUGAACAGAUUGCACGCUACACCUUCAAGACACUUCCAUGCGAGCAGCGCAACUCUUAUCAAGUUUGACCCUUAUGAGACAUUAGGAGUUUCGAAAGAUGCGUCCCAACAAGAAGUUAAAAAGGCUUAUUAUCAGCUCGUAAAGAAGUAUCAUCCUGAUGUGAAUAAAGAAAAAGACGCAGAGAAGAGAUUUCAUAAGAUUCAAGAGUCCUACGAGCUCUUGAGCGACAAAGAUAAGAGAGCACAAUAUGAUCAGUUUGGUGCCAGUGCAUUUGAUGAGCAUGGAAACUCCAAUCCAUACGCUGGAAACCCUUUUGGUGGUUCAAAUGGAAACCCAUUUGGGGGCAAUGCUGGUAACCCAUUCGGAGGUAUGGGAUUUGAUUUCGAGGAUUUAUUCAAGCAAGCAUUUACAGGGGGCGGUGGACGUGGCUCCAGAGGUGGACUGUUUGUCACUGAACAUGUAGGUGAUAAUAUCGAAGUUCUAAAGACGAUAUCUUUUAAGGAUGCCAUCUUCGGUACCAAAGUUCAAGUCAACUACAAGGCUGUCGACUCAUGUGGAACCUGUCAAGGAUCAGGACUAAAGAAAGGGAAGAAGAAAUCCACAUGCCCAACGUGCCAUGGAACCGGCCAAAGUACCCAUAUUGUCGGCGGUUUUCAUAUGUCAUCAACCUGUGGGACAUGUCAAGGAAGUGGUGUCAUAGUACCAAAGAAGGAUGAGUGUGGCACAUGCCGUGGAAGAGGUGUAGAUGAAGUUCCUAAAUCUACUACUGUGGAUUUGCCUUGCGGUGUUGCGGACGGUACUCGUUUACGCGUGCCUGGUGCUGGUGAUGCACCUUUUGUUACGAAGGACCCCUACAAUCAGACCAGAAAUGGCGAUCUUAUCAUCAGAGUACAUGUUACAAGGGACCCAGUUUUCUCUAGAGAAGAUGAUAAAAUUGUUGUCAAGCACGACAUCUGGAUGACUACAGCAGCUCUUGGUGGGGAAAUAGUUGUUCCAACGAUCGAUGGUCAGAACAUCAAGCUAAAAUUACGUCCCGGCGUCCAGUCGGGUAGAACCUUGACCAUUCCAGAGAAAGGAGUACCUAUUAACAGAAAUAUCAAUAACAGAGGCGAUAUGAAAGUCGUCCUCAAUGUCAAAACACUUAAUCCUGAAACACCGGUGCAAACAGCUUUAUUGGAGGCUCUUGCUGAUGCUUUCAACGAUAAGAAUGCGAAGCGUACCGAUGCACACUGGAAAGUUGAUGGCGAAGAUGAGACCACUGAUAAAGUGGAUGAAACCUAUGAUGAGAAAGACCUCCAUCCUUCCAAAUUAAAGAAGAUUGGAAAGUUUUUGGGCAAGUUUUUCAACAUGAAAGAUGAGCAAAGAAAGUAA